AUGCCUGGCGAAACGAUGAAGGCAUUCCGCCUGGUAGAAUACGGGAAACCUGGGCAGUACUGCGAAGUGCCAGUUCCCUCACCCAAAGAGGGAGAAGUACUCAUACGAAUGAAAGCCGCAGGUUUAUGUCGGUCUGAUCUUGACAUGGUCGAUUCGUUGCCAGGUACAGAUCCGUAUGCCUCAGCUGUUGAUGCUCCCUACACUCUAGGGCAUGAAAAUGCUGGGGUGAUCGAGGUGCUAGGAGAGGGUGUUACCGAUUUGAAAGUGGGUGAGGGAGUGGCCGUCCGCCACAUGCCACACUGCUCGCACUGCGAAUUCUGUAUCCGUGGCGUCGAGCAACACUGCGAAACAUAUAAGCGCGGAGCUAUCGAAAUCACCCGUGGCUCUGGCUUCGAUGGCGGUCUUGCAGAGUUCAUGCUCUGUCCCCGUGACCAGCUCGUCAGCAUUGGUAACGAGGAUCCCGUCAAGUACGCUCCGCUUACAGACGCUGGGGUCACGGCAUACCACGCUGUUGGAACGAUCAAGGACCGUCUGCGACCCGGAUCAUCAGCACUAGUCAUCGGGUGUGGAGGACUGGGAUCUUACGCCAUCCAGUUCCUUUUGCUUUUGAUGGGUGUUAAGGUGUACGCGGUUGAUACCAAUGAGAGCCGCAUCCAGAUUGCUCGGGAUUUGGGAGCCAAGCGCGUAUUCAAGGCUGGCCCAAAUGCCACAAAGGAGAUUCUGGACGAAACUGGCGGGAAGGGGAUUGAUGGUAUCCUCGAUUUCGUAGGAAACACUGCGACAUUGAGGAUGGCUAUGGAACUGUCUAGACCACAGGGUCGAGUUGUCCUGGUUGGGAUGGAUAUGGGUUCGGUGGAAGUGGGGUGGAAUAAGAUCGCAACGAGCUGUGAAUUUGCCAUAAGCUUAGGAUCAACACGCAGAGAUCUCGAGGAGGUGUGCUAUCUUGCUUCAGAAGGGAAGCUUAAGAUCGACGUCGACCGCUUCCCAUUCGACAAGAUUCCUGAAGCGUACCAGGCACUGCGAGAUGGAAGGCUAAUUGGCAGAGCCGUUAUUACGUUUGACUAG